AGCCCGCGGGCGCGCGUGCACGGCGCGGCGUGCGCAUUCACGCGGGAGAAGAGCACGCGGGCCGGUGACGAGCAGCAGCGAAAAGGAUGGAGGUCCGACCCGACAGGUUCAAGGCGGUCACGGCCAAAACUUUGGGCAGAAUUAACAGGUUGAUUGACAAGCAGCAGCCUAAUGGAGAAACCAUCGAGCUGUCAGCAGAGGGCCGCCCAGAGCUGGUGCAGGAGAAGGAGCUGCCCGUGGUGGAUUGUACAUGCUUUGGCUUGCCCAGGCGUUACAUCAUCGCCAUCCUGUCUGGCCUAGGCUUCUGCAUCUCCUUUGGCAUCCGCUGCAAUCUGGGCGUGGCCAUUGUGAGCAUGGUCAACGACCACACUGUCUACAAAGGAAAUAAGGAAGUACUGGUGGCUGCACAGUUCGCCUGGGACCCGGAGACAGUGGGCAUGAUCCACGGCUCCUUCUUCUGGGGCUACAUUGUCACACAGAUCCCAGGAGGUUUUAUAUGUCAAAAAUUUGCAGCCAACAGAGUGUUUGGCUUUGCCAUCGUAGCCACGUCCACCCUGAACAUGUUGAUCCCAUCUGCUGCCCGCUGCCAUUACAGCUGCGUCAUACUGGUCAGAAUAUGUCAAGGCCUUGUUGAGGGUGUGUCAUACCCUGCCUGCCAUGGGAUUUGGGCCAAAUGGGCUCCUCCACUGGAGAGAAGUCGAUUAGCCACAACGGCCUUUUGUGGGUCAUACGCAGGGGCAGUGGUGGCCAUGCCUUUAGCUGGGAUACUGGUGCAAUACACUGGGUGGCCUUCUGUCUUCUACGUCUAUGGCACCUUUGGGAUAUUCUGGUACAUGUUCUGGGUCCUGGUGUCCUACGAGAGUCCAGCUGCCCAUCCCACCAUCACCCCAGAGGAGAGGAAGUACAUUGAAGAUGCAAUCGGGGAGUCUGGGUCAUUUCUCAACCCUCUGCGGAAAUUCAAGACCCCAUGGAGGCACUUCUUUACCUCCAUGCCAGUCUAUGCCAUCAUUGUGGCCAACUUCUGCAGGAGUUGGACCUUCUACCUUCUGCUCAUCAGCCAGCCGGCUUACUUUGAAGAAGUGUUCGGCUUUGAGAUCAGCAAGGUGGGCAUGGUGUCAGCUUUGCCGCAUUUAGUGAUGACCAUCAUCGUUCCUUUAGGAGGACAAUUGGCCGACUACCUCAGGACACACAACCUAAUGACCACCACCAACGUCAGGAAGCUCAUGAAUUGUGGAGGGUUUGGGAUGGAGGCCACCCUCCUGCUGGUGGUGGGAUAUUCGCACACUAAAGGCGUCGCCAUAUCCUUCCUGGUCCUUGCCGUCGGCUUCAGCGGCUUCGCUAUCUCAGGUUUUAAUGUCAACCACCUGGACAUCGCCCCUCGUUACGCCAGCAUACUGAUGGGCAUCUCAAACGGGGUGGGGACAUUGUCAGGAAUGGUGUGUCCUCUCAUCGUGGGCGCCAUGACUAAACAUAAGACACGCGAUGAGUGGCAGUAUGUCUUCCUUAUAGCGUCCUUGGUUCAUUAUGGAGGAGUCAUUUUCUACGGACUCUUUGCAUCAGGGGAAAAGCAGGUGUGGGCCGACAUCGAGGACACCAGCGAGGAGAAGUGCGGCAUCAUCGACGAAGACGAGCUGGCCAACGAGACGGAGGACCUCUACCGUGGCGGCGGUGGCCAGUACGGCGCCAUGAACCAACAGGCGGUCGGUACAAACGGAGGCGGAGGAGGCGGCCCUGGAUGGGUUUCGGACUGGGAUAAGUCGGAGGAGUACGUGCAGCCGCCUGGGCACAACUCAUAUAUGAGCAGGGGCGUCGAGGAGAAGAAGCUGACGUAGGGAAAAAAAACUGAUGCAACUAAUAUUAAUCAAGGAGGGAGGUUGUAAGUCACUGCAAAACAGGAAGAACUUGCUGUGUGCGUUUGCACAAUGACAAAAGUAUCAUUUUUCGGUGUGCGUGUGUGUGUGUAUGUGUGUGGCUACAUUUGUGUACGUCAGUGCUAAACAAAAUACAUCAACAUGUACACUAUUUAUUUGCUCAUCUCAUCCCCCACGCCUCCUUUUUGGAGCUUGGCUCGCUGUGAUCGGUCCAUUUCCAUGACAUCACCUUUCUCUUACAUCGUUCCCAUUGUGUUGUAUUUCCAAUUGUAAAAUAUUUUUAUUGUUAGGGAAUCUACUUAAAUCACGGGUGUCCAAACAUUUUCUGCAAAGGGCCAUUUUGUUAUUUUUCAUUUGCAAAACAAAAAAGGAUAUCGGGAUUUUUUUCAAGCAGUAUUUUUUAACCAUAACCACCUUUAAUUGGCUACAAAUAAAUGUUCUCAGGUGUGGUCUGUAUGGGCCACAGCUUUGCUCAGUUGUACACUUUUCCACCGCUUGUGGUAGUAAUGAUAAUCUCAAACAAACAGAAGAAGUCUGGAGCUAAAGUGAGAGAAGCUUCUCAAGCAAUAUUUAUGACUAAAGUGGUGAAGAUGUAUUUUCAUUUGCGCUUACAUUUUAUUGAUGGUUCAGUGAAGAAACAUAAUAAUUUAGUUUGUUAAUUUUAGCACAACAUAAUUGAAAGUAAAUGUAUUUUUCGGCAGUUAUUUAUGAGUCCCUUUUUAUGCAGUAUAUUGGGUUAGUACUUAAUUUUCUAAUCAGCCUGACCUCGGCCUAAGUUUUAUGUGUUAUAUAAGUAAUACUCUUUGUGAUUAGUACAUGGUUUCAUAUCAUUUGACAAAGUUGCAAACUGUAAGUAGGUUAAACAUAAUUAUUGAAUACCAUUACAAUCAAGAGUAAGAUUACUAAUUCAAUGUUAUUUUUUGAGUUUUCCACUGUGCAGUGGAAAAGUUGGACCCCGAGGUUAAGAACACCUCCAUUAAAGAGGAAAACAAAAAACUGCAUUUGGGUUUUGUUUUUAUUAGGGGUGUUUGAUAAUUCAAUAUCGUUAAUAACGUUAAAAAAAUAUAUUUGUAAAUGUUAAAAUGAGGGCAGAUUACCCAUACUGUGGUGCAGGUGGGUUAGGGUGAGCUUCUAUUGUAAACUUCCCCUGAGCUCAUAGUAAACAAACGUAAUGUCGAUCAAUGAAAAAUGUUCGCUUGUGUAAGAAGACGCCUGCUGCUAAAAAGAAGCUGUCCCAAAGACGUGUGAACAAAGUGCAGUCAAAUCUAUAAAAAAAAAUAAAAAAAAAAGUUCAGUGUUGGUCUUGAGAAGCAAGUUUUUAGCGUCAACAUUUCAGCUUUUUCUUACUAACUUACACCUAUUUGCUUUUUUCUCCCACUUUUAAUGUGUUUUUGUAUACUCUUUUUAGAAUGUGUGGUGGCCUGCUAAAUUUUUUUGCUGCACUUUGGACACCCCUGACUUUAAUGCAAAAAUGUUACGAUAAACAAUCAUCAAGGGGUAAAAAAGGUGCUUAUUUGUUGCACUAUGACAGGCCUCCUUUCAUGUGCAUAUUUGACACAUGCUGGAGCUUGUGCACAAACAUGUCUACAUGACGCUCACCCGAGUCUGACCUAACUGGGUCAUACCCAUCUAGGCUCAUGGGUCACAAGGCACGUAUCCCGACUAAAUCAUCCGACACUCGGGCCGGGAUGUCAGGUAGAGGAUGGUCAAAACACGGUGUGUGUUUUCCUUUUUUUGUCCUCACUGCUUUGUUUUCCUCCAUCAAAGCAGUUCUUUCUAGUACCCAAACAAAGGGAGUGGGGACAUUCGAAUUCAGUGUGUGAGGUUGUCUAUGUGUGUGUGAUAGUGACUGAGCUGUUGUCGGUUGGGUACAGGUGCUGAAACCUUGUGCAGUGAGCAUGUUGUGAUGAGCACAGCAGUGCACCCCCACCUCCAUCCCUGUACUCCUUUAACACAAGGUGGUCUCACUCAAAUGCACCAUGCGUGCAGGGAGAGUGGCGGCACACUGUAUUUGGCACACUUAAGGAAACAUAUCUUUUUUCUCUCUUUUUUUUAAAGGGUGUUUUUUUUUUUUUGUAUACCCCCUUUAAAGCAGUGAUGCAGUGGCAGCUGGGUAAUGGAGUCGAGGGGAGCUCUGUGCACCAGCACAUACACAGAGCCAAGAGACUCAAGACAGGAAGGAUAUAAAAACACUGCAUGCACUCACAAGUCGCAAUAAUGCACAGGCCUCUCGUCAAAGUUAAAGGUGAUUUGAUCUCAUUCUCUGGGGAGCACAAUACACUGCAGGAAUGUUUUUUUUUAUUAAUGAUUUAUUUAUUUUUGAAAGUUAAAUGUUAUAACAAUAUGAAUGAUAAUUCUGUGAAAACUUUUCAGUUGUCAAUGUUGUAUUUGUGUAUUUUUAAUGAACUUUCUUUUUCGACUCAGUUUAUUCCAUUAUCGUCUUCCUUGCUCCUAAUGAGAUGUGUUAAAACUUAAUGGGAAAUUAGUGAAACUAUUUUAAGAUUGCAAAAAAAAAAUAUGUGUACAAAGGAUGUCAUUGUGAAAUAUCCUGGUGUAUAAUAAAAUUUAGGCAGCGA